CCAUCCCUGACCCACGUCCUGGGAGCGGGACUAACCGUGAUCUUGGACAUCGGCCAAUGCGAGAACCCUCAAAGGGCUGCUCCAAGGGGGCGCCAGCCCGGGAAGAGUCACAGCGGCCGGCCCCAAAGAGAGGCCGGGAGCCAUCCCAGACUUGGAGGGUUGAGACUCGGCCUGGGGCAGGGAGGCCAUGAACUGGCUCCGCCCCACACUGCUGCUGCCCCUGCUGCUGGGGCCCCAGGGCUACCCAGUCUGUGGGCAACCGGUGGACUCGGGGCGAAUCGUCGGGGGCCAAGACAGCAGUAUAAAGAGAUGGCCGUGGCAGGCAAGCCUAAUAUAUAAGAACUACCCCCGAUGUGGGGGCAGCCUCGUCCACCCCAAAUGGGUGCUGACGGCUGCUCAUUGCCUCUACAAGAGAAGAGAAGCCAGAUUUUGGAAGAUUCUUCUAGGCUCAACAAGUCUCAUACCAUCACUAUUGAGCUUUAAUCGGUUCAGAAUUUAUUCUGUGACAAAAAUUGUCAUUCAUCCCCACUACUAUGGUAUGCCACCCAAGGACAUCGCCUUGGCAAAGCUGAAGUCAUCAGUUCGUUUCAAGGAGAACAUCCAGCCCAUCUGCCUCCCACCCUCCAGGACGUUCUUUGAGAAUGUGACCAUGUGCUGGGUGACAGGCUGGGGAGAAACAGAGGAAGACAUAACACUGAAGAAACCAUGGAUCUUACAGGAGGUACAAGUACCCCUCAUUGACCAAAAGACCUGUAACAACUACUACGAAAAGGCAAAGCCUUAUAUUAGAUUUCCUUUGGUAUUUGACGACAUGAUAUGUGCUGGGUUUUCAUACGGAAAGAAGGAUACCUGCCAGGGCGACUCCGGGGGACCUUUGGUAUGUAAAGUCAAUGGGACCUGGCACCAGGCGGGGAUCGUGAGCUGGGGAGUGGGUUGUGGCCGUCCCAGCCUUCCUGGUGUCUAUACCAAUGUCAGUAUACACACCAAAUGGAUCCAAAAUGUAAUUAAUUCCAAAAGCUCUGCUCAGUUUCCAGCUGGUGUCCUCCUCUUCCUCCUUCUUCCUCUCCUGCUGCAUUAAUCCUGCCUCCCCAAGACCAUUCCUCAUGAGUCCUGCUUAAGCUUAGACAGGUAUCUCCAGGACAUGACUUAAAAGCUGGAGUGGGGAUCCCAGGAUGUUCUCUAUGGCUGGCCACUUAAGCAAGGAACCUUGCUUGUUCCAACUGAAAAGAUCUUUAAAGGAUAUUUGAAGAUUUUCCGCCCCAUGGACAAGAACUUAGAGUUCUAAGUGCCGGGUGUAAUCAGGGAGACUGUCCAUUCCUCUCUAGUUCCAUGUGCUUGCCAAUCUGUCUAAUGAGGAUUGACUGUUUCAAUAAAGGGUUUAUGUUUUUUUUCAUGGCAAUGAUAAUGUUUCCAAUAAUUCAUGUCUUUGGGUUAGGCCUCUGAUAUCAUAACCAAGAGUUUGCCCUUUGAAAAGUAGAGUUGAUGAAUGAAAACUUCAUUUCUAGAACCAAAACUCUAGCUUCUUAGGUCUAGCUCCAGUUUAGGAAUUGAGUGCCCCCCCUCAGGCUGUUCCUGUCCCUCACUCUACCCUCUGGAAUAAGAAACCUAUCAGGUCUAAAGCAGGACGGAAUGUUCAAUGGUUCCCUAAGGCAGAUGGGUGACCACCAUCCGUCCCCUGUCGAUUCAACGUUUGCAUGUCUACGUUUGUACCCUUGUUCCUUAUUCCUCUCCCCUCACUUCUAAAUAGCUGUCCAGAGGGUUGUUUCCAAGAAUAUCAGACCCUCUCCCCACCCUCUUCUAAGGAAAGUGGGCUACUCAACUGUGCCUAGCUAUGGGAAAGACCUCAGAAGACAGAUACAAAAGAGGGCCUUUUGAGUAAAGAAGCUGAAAGAUUUACAGAAGACAGGAUGCAAGCACAAAGAGAUGAUGGAAUUUGAAGGAGGAUAUAUGGAUAUUUGUAGGAAAAGGAAAUAUAUGGCUUGUGAGAGAGAAAGUGGGCAAGCGGGGAGGAGUUGAAGAUGGGUUAGACAAAGCAUAAAGUAAAAACAUGAAAUUUGAGGAUCCCUGUAUGGUAUCUGGAGUCAGGGUUAGGAAUUAGUCCAUAGCUCAGUCAAGCAUAAGCCUGGUUUCUGGGAUGAAUAGUGAGUGUAUAAACAAGGUUGGGUGUUGAGUUUGUAGCCAAGAUUAAAUACUAUUCCAUAGCUGGGGUUAAGGGUCAGUUUGAGGGUAGAAGUUAAACUAUGUUUGGGGCCAGGGUUGGUCACUAUGGGGUUGUGGUUAAAGUUCAGUCUGUGGUCACCUCAGUGUAACUAUGUGGCCUUAAUAGGGUAAGUACAGGGUGGGCCAAAAAUCAUGAAGGGAUUUUAAUAACUCCUUUAUUCCCCAAUUGGGAAAUGGUCAAAGGAUAUGAAUGGGAAGUUUUCAGAUGAAGAAAUUAAAGCUAUCUACAGCCAUAUGAAAAAAAUGUUCUCAAUCACUAUUGAUUAGAGAAAUGGAAAUUAAAACUACUCUGAGUUACCAUCUCAUACCUGUCCAAUUGGAUAAUAUGACCAAAAAAAAAGAGAAAAUGAUAAAUGUUGGAGAAGAUGUGGGGAGAUUGGAAUUCUAAAGCAUUGUUUCUGGAGUUGUGAACUGAUCCAACCAUCCUGGAAAGCAAUUUGGAACCAUGCCCAAAAGGUUAUAAAAUUGUGCAUACCCUUUGACCCAGCAAUACCACUACUAGGUCUAUAUC